AUGUCCAAGCCCCGUAUCGCCGAUCCAAAGGCCAUCAAGGCCUUUGGCUUGACGCAGAUUUAUACCCCGCGCGAUGAGCCUACGAUCGAUAUUGUCUUUGUUCACGGUCUGAACGGCCACCCUCAUGAUUCUUGGACGAGUAAAACCACCGGUUGCUUCUGGCCGACGGACCUUCUCCCGGACGUGCUUGCCUCACUGUGUCCCCGCAUCCUCACUUAUGGCUACAAUGCGAAUGUUACUGCUUUCACAGAUGGAGCUUCGCGCGAUUCGGUCGUCAGCCAUGCUGAGACUCUUGCGUCCAGUCUCGCUGCUAAUCGAAAUUUGCGCGACUGCUCCAACCGUCCGAUCAUCUUCAUCUGCCACUCGCUGGGGGGUCUGAUCGUGAAGCGCGCCCUGAUAUACUCCCGUAGUCUCUCAAACGAGAAGACCGAGCAUCUACGCUCUGUCUAUGUUUCCACUUUUGGCAUCCUCUUCCUCGGUACACCUCACAAUGGAUCUGACAUUGCAAAAUGGGGCUUAUUGUUGCACAACAUCUGCAAUGCUGUGCUCCCUAAGAGAUUUAUGGAGGCGUCUCCGCAGCUUGUCAAAGCUCUGCGGACCAACAAUGAAACACUGCAGCACAUCAACAGUCUCUUCGUUGAUAUAAUGAGUCGAUUCCACAUCUACUUCUUCCAUGAGACGCGGUCGACCGACAUGCAUGGUACCCGCGAAGUGAUCGUGGACGAGCACUCAGCCGCGCCGUACAUGGAAGGUGUUGAGCGGGCGGGUAUCGAGGCCGACCAUAGCCACAUGUGCAAGUUUGACGAUGAUAAUGCGGCGGGAUAUGAGGUUGUGGCGGAGGCGAUCCUUCGGUACUCACGUCAGGCUCCUGCGGUGAUUACGGAGCGCUGGGCGGAAGAGAAGAAAGCCCGCACUCAGGAGAAGAAGGCCAAGGCAAGGGAAAUCUACGACGCAAGAGUAGAUGAUUCCGCAAAUCGGAGCAUGCCUGAUUUGAACAGAACCGGCCAAUCCAUAUUAUCUCUACCGCGCGCCCCUGCGACAGAAGGCCGAAAUUCCCCUGUAUCUGAUCUGGGAAACAGUGGAUUUCUCCAACUCUCCCACUAUUCCACCAAGGACUCGCCUUUAUUCGUGGCACCUCCAGGAUUUCAUCCUAAUGCUACUUUUUUCGGAAUGGAGAAAGAACUUGAAGUGUUGCAUAAUCGGUUGUUCAAGGCCAAGGCGCGUCCGGAAAAGACAAUGGCCGUACUGAUCUCCGGCGUGCCAGGCUCCGGCAAGACACAUCUAGCGCGCCAGUACGUGUUUACUCAGCGUGACUGCUACCCAGGCGGCGUAUUUUGGAUUGACGCCAAGUCCCGUGAAUCAACGUACAGGUGCUUUUGGGAGAUUGCUCAAGCAGCUACACUGAUCGAACAGAAGGUGGCCGUGAACCCUGAGUAUCAUGAGACUGAAAAGUACGUGAAUGCAGUCCGGCUCUGGCUUCAGACACGUCAGGAUUGGCUCCUUGUCUUCGAUGGUGUUACCUUCGAUCGUGACGACGAUAUCAAUAAGUUCAGGGAGGUUUUGCCAUGGAGCAAACAGUGCAGCAUUAUAUACACCUCGGUCGACACAACACUACGCAAAAAGCAGCGACUGUACGAGCCGUAUUGUCUGAUGAUCUCGCGACUGCAAGUGGAAGAUGCUUGCAAGCUCCUGUUUAAGGACCUUGGGAUUACGCGAGCGACGCCUGAGCAAAUCUCCAAGGCUACCCGGAUAGUUGAGCACUACGAAUGUCUGCCUUUGGCAAUCCAUGCAAUUGGGCACCGUCUCAACGCAACGGGUAAACCGAUUGAAAAGUAUCAUGUCAAAUCUCAGGUGACGGACAAGAAGCUUGCCGAACCAUUUUUGAGCAUCAUGAACGACUUGUUUCGGUUGCAGCAAAAGCAGGCGCUGCACUUGAUUAAUCUUCUGUCGUUUCUUGGCCACCAGGUGCCAGUGGGCCUUCUGAACCUCGGUCGAGCGGCUAUGACCGCUGAGAAUUUGGAGAUUCAGACCAGCGCCCAGGCCGGAGAGGACCCUGAUCUUGAUACCACACUUGGAACUCUCAUUCACUAUGGGUUGAUUGAACGGAUUUCAGAUGCUGACGUUUUCCAGCAGAGGUCGUCUGUGCAUCGUUUUGGGGGCGAUCGUAUGAGCCCGGAUGCAAAGACUGUUCCUGAACUCUCGGACUCCCUGACAGAGAGCAGUCAGGAAGGAUUCUUCUCCAACUACCGUCAUGAAUCAGUGGUUGAUGUAGUCAAGAUCCACAGUGUGGUGCAGGGGUUCUGUCGUGAUGAGCUCCGAAUCAAGGACGAAGAGAAUAAAGGGAUCAUGAACAAGAAUGACCCUGGUUUCUUUGAUACUUGGUUGAUUGUUGCCACCCGGUUCCUCAUCACGUCUUACGAAGCCGCUAUGGGACGGAUGGCUCACUACGAAGAAUGUGGCCUUGUCCGGGACUACCGAGAGUACAAAACUCACGCUUCGCGGCUGCUUGAGCUCUUUCCAAAGAAGGCAUCAAUUAACCUCCAUCCAUUAAUCGUUCGUGAGACACGGGAGAACUUGCGGCGGUUGACGAAGAUCAUAAGCAAAGAAAUAGAGAACAUGUCUCCAAGCUCCUCACAGCAGUCUAUACGGAAUCAAAAGUCGGUUUUCGACAGGUCAAGCAGCUCGUCAUCAUCCUUCCGCGGUUCAUCAGCAGACGAAGGUCCAUCGCGCCAGUCCACCUUCAACUGGAGUGAUCUCGGGUCACCUCGAGCGGAGUCUCCCGAGGAGAUGGGUAUGCCACCUCCCCAGUUCAGACUAGAGCUUUUCCCACCGCAUAUAUUCAGAGAGGCUGGAUAUGAAUCCGAAGAAGGCUAUGAAACGGAUGGGGAAAUUAAGGGGGAAUUUCGAAUCUCUCCAGCCAUGUCGCAAAUAAGUCAAACCACGGAAAAACCGAACAAGACACCUCCCUCAUCGAGUCCUCCGCCAAUAACUGGCCUAUCGGAGUGGCAAGUGGUCAAUCGACAUUCAAAGCCAAGGUCGAAUAAAGAGAAUCAAACAAGCAAGCGGAACAAAGGCCCUCGUCGCUUUAGGGAUACCAGGUUCGACACCCCACUGGUCAAACUGUCCUCCAUCCAAGGAAAAGGAUCAUCAAGUCGGACAACCGCUGCUGAAACAGGGGGCUCUUUGGUGCCAGCUUCGGAGGCUGAGAAAGCACUCGCUGCAGUGCGUCGGUCUAGCAAUCCUCAAGCGUCCGCUGACACCCCGCAGCCUGCGACCACCUCUCCACCAGCAAACAAAGAGAACAUGCCGACGUAUGCGAAUGUGGCCACCCGACGAAUGUUAGAGGUAGAGACCAUGGCAAAACGCCCACCACCUGUUCCCACUUUGCAGGCUUUUGAUCCAGCUAGCGGUUUGCAUCUGAAUGGCGGCUUGCAGAUGAAACCGUCCACUGAGUCUCUCGACAGUCAAGCGGGCUACGCCUUUACGUCCCCGCUAUACCAUGACGUUUCGGAUGAAUUGAUGACAGAGCCUCUCACUCGGUCAACCUACAGUGAGCCUGAUUACAAUACGAUCAAUCACCACCACGAAACAGAUUUACAUACCGCGCCUGGAUCCCGGGCUCCUUCUCGGCGUGGUUCAGUGCCACAUCUGGAGGUCCCACGAAGUCUAUCUGCAAGCGUGCCAUCCCUCCUUCCUUAUCCACCACCGCUCCCAUACGAUGAGAACAUCUCCGCCGCCAUUCCAACCCUCAGAAGAUCCUCUCAAUUUGCACCAAGCUCAAUAAAUGCCUCAGGCGCUCCUAGACCUUCUCCCAUUGCUCAUCCAUCCGCAAUCAUGCCGAGCGCAUUGCCAUCAUCUAAUGCCAAAGUACAGGUGAGCUCAGCCCCAGAGCGCUCCAUUCCCGAGCCGAUGUCGCGCGACUCUUCCGGGUACUCCCAUCAAUCGUGGGCCACAGAACCCGUGCGGUAUCCCCCGCGGUUCUCACCCGUUCCAAGUUUCCAACAAGCUGCCGAAAUGAUCCCAAGCCCCCCAUCAAGCAUGCAACAUCAACAUCAACAACAAAUUGCCGGGGCCGCUGGCUGGACAACCGAAAUUCCCCUGGCGGGUAGUGCUCUCCAGCCAGAUCCCACCUACCCCAGCCCGCCGGCGUCAUCACAUGGUCAGCUUGGCUCCAUGGAUGAGCGACUGAAGUACCCCGACCCCGGCUGGAACGCGGAGAUUGAGCCAGUGCAAUUUUUACAUUUUGGCGGACACCGUGUUGACGUGCGGGAUGCACGACUCAGGCUCAAUGAAUCGGCUCGUGUGGUGACACCAAGGCCUCAGCAGUAUCAACUAUAUCAUCCCAAUCUGUCGGGUCCUUUGAUUCAGCAUGAUGGGCAAGUCUAUGCGCCUGCGCCGCGACUGGAGGUAUAUGGGACUCGUCCGAGGAGUGGGAGCUCCCCCGUGCACCCUGCUGGUUUGGGUGUGCGGUAUUCAUGA